UAUAAAUCAAAUGAUUAAAUACUCUAAUACAAUGAAUUUACCUUGCAGGGCGUGCAUGAAGCUAGAAGGAUAAAGUAAGUAAGAGAAGAAUUUUUUUUUUUUUUUUAAAAAAAAAAAAAAAACCAAAAAAAAAGGAUACAUAUCAUGGUGAAGGGACAACAAUUAGAAGUGCUAAAUGCACUUGAUGUUGCAAAGACGCAAUGGUACCAUUUCACAGCAAUUGUGAUUGCUGGUAUGGGAUUCUUCACAGAUGCAUAUGACCUGUUUUGCAUCUCCUUAUUGACGAAGCUUCUCGGCCGCAUUUACUACGAUGUACCAGGUUCUGGUAAGCCAGGAGCAUUGCCUAUCAAUGUCUCUGCUGCUGUAAGUGGAGUUGCCCUCUGUGGGACUCUAGCAGGCCAACUCUUCUUCGGUUGGCUUGGGGACAAGAUGGGGAGGAAGAAGGUGUACGGUAUCACCUUGGUUAUGAUGGUUGCGAUGUCUAUUGCCUCUGGUCUCUCCUUUGGGAGCACUGCCAAGGGUGUUAUGACAACACUUUGCUUCUUCCGCUUCUGGCUAGGAUUUGGUGUUGGAGGAGAUUACCCUCUAUCUGCCACCAUCAUGUCUGAAUAUGCUAACAAGAAGACUCGUGGAAGUUUCAUUGCCGCUGUCUUUGCCAUGCAAGGCAUGGGUAUCUUGGCCGGUGGGAUUGUAUCCCUAAUUGUUUCAUCCGCAUUUGAGGCCAAAUUCAAACCUCCCCCUUUCAAAGUCAACCCUAUUGCCUCCCUCCCACCGGAGAGCGACUUUAUUUGGCGUAUUGUCUUGAUGUUUGGGGCUAUACCUGCAGCCACAACAUACUACUGGCGUAUGCAGAUGCCUGAGACUGCUAGGUACACCGCUCUUGUGGCAAAGGAUGCUAAGCAAGCUGCUUCAGACAUGUCCAAAGUCCUAAAGGUUCAGAUUGAUGCCGAGGAGGAAAAGGUUGACAAAAUAGCAAAGAGUGAAAGAAAUCAAUUUGGGUUGUUCACUAAAGAAUUUGCUAGACAAUACGGUAUUCGCCUUCUAGGAACCACCAGUACAUGGUUCUUACUCGACAUUGCAUUUUACAGUCAAAACCUUUUCCAGAAAGAUCUUUUUAGCUCCAUCGGGUGGAUCCCACCAGCAGCAGAUAUGAAUGCUAUUAGGGAGGUGUAUAUGGUGGCAAGAGCUCAAACCUUGAUCGCUCUAUGUGGAACCGUCCCCGGCUACUGGUUCACUGUCGCUUUCAUAGACGUCAUUGGACGUUGGUGGAUUCAGAUGAUGGGAUUCUUUUUUAUGACCGUUUUCAUGUUUGCAAUUGCCUUCCCCUACAAAUACUGGCAACAAAAGGAGAACCGUAUUGGGUUCAUUAUUAUGUAUGGGCUUACCUUUUUCUUCGCCAACUUUGGCCCCAAUGCUACCACCUUCGUGGUCCCUGCAGAAGUCUUCCCAGCUAGGUUGAGGUCUACUUGCCAUGGUAUAUCCGCAGCAACAGGAAAAGCCGGGGCUAUAGUAGGAGCCUUCGGAUUUGUGUACGCCUCACAAGAAAAGGAUCCGGCUAAGAGAGAUCAUGGUUAUCCAGCUGGUAUUGGGAAGAGUAAGUCCCUUAUUGUGCUCGGUGUUAUCAACUUCCUAGGUAUGCUUUGCACUUUGAUGGUUCCAGAAUCUAAAGGUAAGUCUCUUGAAGAAUUAGCUGGCGAGGUUGAGGUGGAUGAUGUUGAUGAUGAGCGCAGAGGAUCCGCUUGAUCAAUACUCCGGUGAAUUGGAGUUGUUGCCUAUCUACUACUUAAUUAAUUCAGCACAUACUCGUUAAUUAUCUUUUGUUCGGUUCCAAUAUUUCUCUUAUUUGCUACUUCAGUUGGUUUGUUGUUUGUAUUGAGCUCUAAUGUUGAUUUGAGCAAUUGGACUCAAAUAAUAUAUGCUUUUAUUUUUUUGGUUGUUGUAUUAAUUUAUUUAAUUUGACACUAAAAUGUGGCUUAUGAAUGCAAUGAAAUUUAAUUUGAACAAAACUUUUAAAACUUUA